AACAGGGUUAGCCUACAGUGAGCUGCAGAGCAGGACAGAGCUGGGAGAAGACGAGGAGCUGCUGCUUUAUAACCGUAUAGGUGUUUCAUUGCAACAGUAACUCUAAGACUGCGCGCAGCUGACAGACAGUACAUAACUACUGACACUCAGCGUUGCUUUUAUUUAUUUUAAGGUCGGUGCAUGCGAAGAAAAGGUAGAAAAUUCAUAUGAGGAUUUGCUGUUGUGACAGUUUUCAGCUGCUCCGUUUUGGAGCAAAUAAGUGCGCGUCGCUCUCAGUGUCUCUUGGCUUCAUUUGGAGUUGUAUGACUUGAAGAGUUGGCUAGACUUCACCGCCAACAUGAGAGCUCAAAUAGAGGUGAUUCCGUGUAAAAUCUGUGGAGACAAAUCAUCAGGGAUUCACUAUGGUGUCAUCACCUGUGAAGGCUGCAAGGGUUUCUUCCGACGCAGCCAGCAGAAUAAUGCUCUAUACUCCUGCUCGCGACAGAGGAACUGUUUGAUAGACCGGACCAAUCGUAACCGUUGUCAACACUGCAGGCUGCAGAAGUGUCUCGCUCUGGGCAUGAGCCGUGAUGCUGUCAAGUUUGGCCGAAUGUCCAAAAAGCAGCGUGACAGCCUGUAUGCAGAGGUCCAGAAGCACCAGCAGUCCCAGGAGUGUGCGGCACUCGGUGUCCGUGAGGAGAAUAACGACAUGGCCGACCACAGCCGCACCUACAGAAGAGGCUCCAGCACCACGCUCAGCGAUCUGGACGACAUCACUAUGCUGCAAGAAGGAGUGCUUUUCGACCUCCCGCUGACCCCAGAGGAAGCAGGUAGAGAGUACUGUAACCUGGAUAUGCUGGGCGGCAGUGCAGGCAGCAGCUCAUCCUCUCAGAGUUCACCAGAACAGACCAACUUGGACUUUGCAGACGGCAACCACAGCAUCAAGCAUGAGUACCAGCUGUUGCACGACUCUGGACUUUUCUCACAUGCUAUCCUCAACCCACUGCCUGAGGGCUGCUCCAUGCUUGAGAUAGAGCGUAUAACUCAGAGUGUCCUGAAGUCCCAUAUUGAGACGAGCCAGUACAGCACAGACGAGCUGAAGAGAAUGGCCUGGACCUUGUAUAGCCCGGAAGAGACGCGCUCAUACCAGACCAAGUCAGCUGAGGUGAUGUGGCAACAAUGUGCCAUUCACAUCACAAAUGCAAUCCAGUAUGUGGUAGAGUUCGCCAAGCGCAUCUCUGGCUUCAUGGACCUCUGUCAGAACGAUCAGAUCAUCCUCCUCAAAGCAGGCUGCAUGGAUGUUCUUCUGAUCCGUAUGUGCCGGGCCUAUAACCCCAUCAAUAACACAUUGCUCUUUGAUGGAAAGUUUGCCACUGCUCAUCUUUUCAAAGCGCUUGGCUGUGACGACCUCGUAAAUGCAGUUUUUGACUUGGCUAAAAGCCUGAGUCGUAUUCAGAUGUCCGAGGAAGAGGUGGCUCUCUUCAGCGCUGCUGUGCUGCUCUCACCAGACCGACCCUGGCUGACAGAUGUUCAGAAGAUCCAGAAGUUGCAGGAGAAAUUGUACGUGGCUCUGCAGCGCUGCCUACAAAAAGAGGGAGCGUCAGAAGAGAAACUAGCUAAGAUGGUGUCUAAGCUUCCCAUUCUGAAGUCCAUUUGCAACCUUCACAUCGACAAACUGGAGUUUUUCCGUCUGGUCCACCCUGACACAGCGUAUACCUUCCCUCCUCUGUAUAGGGAGGUGUUUGGCAGUGAAAUCACCUUCCCAGACUCCACAGAGGGCUAGCACUGUUUAGCAAAAAAUAGCGGGAUUUAAAUAGAGACAUUGAAGUGUAGGGAGUGGGAGAUAGAAAUGUGGCAACCAGCUGAGGCAAAACCAACCAGCAGCUCAAUGACAAUCCUGCACGCUACACUUUAGGACACACUCCUCUCACCUGUGAGCUCCCGACCCUGUGGAGUAGCUCACACUGCUCUGCACGCCAGUCAAUUCAGCUUCAACGUAACACUACAGGUACUGCAGAUGGGUACUCAGUGCAUGUUACCUCUUAUUAAAGAGUAGCCUACAUUAUUUGUAUUCUCAAAAAAUAUUUUUCUAUGAGAAGACCUUAAACCUCUCAUUAAGCUGAAUUUGACUCACAGUUCCUGUAAGCUAUUGUUGAUUGUACCCCCCUGUUUCCUCUUACCAUUCAGCACAGCCCUAGGCUCGAUAUAGAAUGUACAUAUUUAAAAUCCUCACCCACUUUGUGGAGGUUUGCAGUAAUGACGCCGGUUUCAGUUCUCAGUCUAGUAACAGUAUAUAUUUUCAGUAACACCCAUAUUUUGCAGUUUUGUAACGUAUGAACAAGCUGUUUAAAGGGACCACGAUCAAACUAACAGACAGAGUUUUUAAACUGUGUGAAUGUAAGGGUUGCUACAAACUCUUGCACACAGAGCACAACACAUUAGCACUUAUCUUUGUAGGUCUUUUUACUAGCACACCCACCAGACACUGAUGUAAGUGAGUUUUUUUUUUGUUUUUUUUAUGCAAUCAGUGACCUCAGCCCCAAAACCUUGUCCCUUUUGAAAAUACCACUUAGAGAGUGAGGGAGUC